CAUUCAAGUCUAUUUGAAAGAACAAAAAAGUUGAGAUUGUCGGUUUAAAUAUUUUAAAAGAAUACAAAGUUGUCGAUUGAUUGAUGGUUCGAUAUCUUUGGACGAGGCAUUACAGGAUUCUAGUCACUCUGGUCUCAUUCUUCCACUCUGAAAAAAAUCAUCAUUUGGCAUCCACUACUUUUAACUAUUUGGACUUUGCAUCUUUCGUUAUUAGAAAGAUUUAGUGAAACAGAAGAAAGAAGAAGAGAGAAUUGCUUGCGGAACCAGAAAAAGGUCUGAGAAAUGAGAGAUUGGGCAGCACCGAUUGUAGCUGUAGCUCUGUUUGCAUUUUUGUGUCCGGGAUUAAUCUUUCAACUACCAGGGAAACAUAAACCAGUCGAGUUUAUGAACAUGAAGACCAGUGUUAUCUCAGUUUUUGUUCAUUCUAUCAUUUAUGGUUUAUUGCUCAUGUUAUUCCUUGUUAUCCUGCGUAUUCAUGUCUAUGUGUAGACCAAGAAUUUCAGAUAUAUAUGGCCCUUCGAUCUCA